AUGUUAAACAAUCUCCGCACGGAAUUUACUCGCUGGCAGAAUGAGCAUGCCUCAAGGCCUCCUCCCAAUCAUACCGCUUCAUUAUUGCGGACACCCUUCACGGCGGAGAUCAUGGCUCAACCUUACCCACUUGAUUUGCGAAUCCCUGGAAACAAAGAAUAUGACAGUCGGACAGACCCGGAGGUGCACGUAAACACUUACUAUGGCAAUAUGAUGAUGAUGCGCGUGACUGACGCCGUGAUGUGCCGAGCCUUCUACUCGACGCUUUCUGGUCGAGCGGCCGAGUGGUUCAGGACCUUGCAACCGGGAUCCAUUGCUGAUUCCGUCAGUUUGGCGACCAAGUUCAUGCGGAAGUUUGUCACUUCCAAAGUUAUCCGGAAGCCUUACAUGUAUCUUGAGAAAGCUAAGCAGCUGGAAGGAGAGAGCUUGACCGAAUUCCUAGUCAAGUGGAAGGCGGCGGUCGGGGAGGUCGAGCCAAUGGACGACCUGACAGCCAUUCACAUGCUGCACAUUUCUCUUCGAGCUGGUUAUCUGUACCAGGAUUUUAUACUCCAUCCGCCGGCUACUUAUGAAGAAGCCCUCCGUAGAGUGACGGAUUAUGCCAACGCUGGUGAGGCAAAUGCCGUCAAGAGGUCGCAAGAGGUUAGCACGUCGUACCGAAAGCCUUCUGGUCGGGCGGAUCAUCGGUCGGGUGAAGAUCAUCCUCGACCCCGAACUCGGCCGGGAGAGUUUACGGCCUUAAACCGAUCUGUGGCGGAGGCCAUGCAAUACGCCCAGUCCUCUAAUCUUAUUCGUCUACCUCAUCCCGGGCCGGAUGGGAAGGAUAAGUCGAAACAUUGCGCUUAUCAUCGAUGUGCCGGGCAUGACACGGAGGAAUGCACACAUUUAAAACAGCUGCUAGAAGACUUACUCCAGUUGGGGAAGUUGGAUAAGUGCGUUGGCAAGAGAGAAGAGAACAAAAAACCGAGCGAAAGAAAAGAUCAUAGACGGUCUCAUCAUCGUUCUGACCGAUCGGAUCAAGACCGAAGAGAUCCCGAUCCCCCGUCAAGUGGACGAUCAGCAUCUAAACCGACCAUCCAUGUUAUAUUUGGGGGUUUGGAAGAUGCUUCCCAGGCUCGGAAAAGUUGCCCGGUCGCGAUCAUUGACUCCCAGGAAACCGGUAAGAGGCAAAAGAUGGAACCAAUAACCUUCUCUCUUGAAGACCAGCCGAAAAGCGGAGACAAUGGGAUGGAAGCCCUUGUUGUCACGAUUGAUAUUAUGGGAACCGAUGUCCAAAGAGUAAUGGUGGACACCGGGAGCAGUGUGAACGUCCUUUAUUUGGACGUGUUUGAGAAGUUAAAGUUGGACAAAUAG